AUGGCGAGAGUUUACGAUAUUGAAUUGACUGAUCUAGCAACAUGGCAGACCCUCUCUCUUGUGAUCAUCGUGUCAUCUGCUGCAUGGUGGUUAUAUAACGUUGCUUACGCCACUGAUCUGCCCAAGAUCAAAGGAAUUCCAGAGCUACCAAAUGCAGUACCUUUCUACGGCCAUCUCAAACUUCUCGGUGAUGACCACCCAACAGCUUUCGAAGAUUAUUCCACCAAGAACAAUCAUGAAGUUGUGCAGGCUAAGCUGGGUAAUCGACGAGUCCUGGUUGUCAACAGCUACAAAGCUGCACAGGAAUUCAUGGUGAAAAAUGCUUCGGCAACCAUCGAUCGUCCUCUUUUCUACACUUUCCACGGAAUAGUGAGUAAGACACAAGGCGGAACUAUUGGUACUGCGCCAUGGAACAAUUCAACAAAACGUAUGCGUACUGUAGCCGGCGCGUUGAUGACUCGUCCUGCUAUUCAGCGGUCUGCACCCAUGUUAGACCUUGAGACCACGGCGCUAGUGAAGGGAAUUUUUGAAUAUAGCAAGAAAACCACUGUGGAAGUCGACCCUCGCAUCUUUUUCCAGCGGCAGGCGCUUAAUCUUACGUUGAUGUGGUGCUAUGGUACUCGGAUUAAUAGUGUAGAGGAUCCAUUGCUGCAUAAGAUAUUACGUGUGGCACAUUCUGUCUCUUCAUUCCGGUCUACGAAUAACAAUAUACAAGACUAUGUCCCAUUCUACCGGUAUCUGCCCAAAAGCGAGAGAACCAAAACGGCGUUGCAUGACCGUAAUAUCCGCGAUGUGUGGCUCAACGAGCUCUUUCAGAAGGUCGUUGAUAGAGUUCGUGCUGGUCGGAAACCGGAUUGCAUCUCUGCCGGCCUUUUGAGCGACAGCAGCAACGAUAAGCUUACCGAAGCGGAGAUAAAGUCAAUUAAUGUUUCCUUUGUAUCUGGUGGAUUUGAAACUUUGGCAACCUCUGGUAUAGCAUGCAUCGGAUGGCUGUCAACCGAAGAAGGCCAAAAAGCACAAGAAAGAGCUUAUCAAGACAUUAUAGCAAAUCAUGGCAGCGUUGAAGCAGCUUGGGAUGAAUGCGUGCUAGAAGAAAAAUCCCCUUACGUCGUCGCUUUGGUACGGGAAGGUCUUCGUUAUUAUGUCCCAAUUCCAUUUCUGACACCACGUCAAACAAUAAAGUCAUUCAACUGGCGUGGUAUUGAGAUACCCAACGGUCUUACUGUACAUAUCAAUGGCCAAAGCGUCAAUCACGACCCGAAGUGUUAUGGGCCUGACGCGCAUAUAUUCCGACCAGAGCGUUGGCUUGAAGAUAAAGUCCAUGGUACCAAGUCACCAGGCCCACCGUAUCAAUAUUCUUACGGUGCUGGCUCUCGAAUGUGCCCGGCCGUCGCGAUAUCCAAUCGUCUCCUUUAUGCGACAUAUGUACGUUUGAUAAUACAUUUUCGUUUCAAGGCUUCGAAGAGCGCGCCCCCAAAUGUCGAUUACAUCCACUUCAAUGAGGAUCUUUCGGUUCAGACGGCCAUUCCUAAGAGGUUCAACAUUGAGCUUGAACGUCGAGAGCCUGAUGACAGCGUGAUGAAAUGCAUUACGCGUUCCGAAAAAGCCACAAGCGUUGACUGUCUGGGAUAUGACACCAUUACUGGAGAGGAACAGCCGCGCAGUCGUGUCACCUUUCUGGAAAAUAAGAUAGCCCAAUUGGAGCUUGAAUUGGCUUCAUUGCAAGGGCGAUCCGUGGGAGACGAAGAUUUUGAACAUGAGAACCCAGCUCAAGUGCCUGCUUUUUUUGUAGAGUACCGAGCCCAGCUGUUACAGUCCGCUACUUUGAACCAUGGCUAUGAUCGUUCGUACGACGCGGAGUAUGACACCGCGCCAUGGCGAUCAGUCCCAUAUAUAUCGCCCUCACUCCUGCCUACACUGGUUCCCACCCAGACUGUCUCUGAAAUUCCUCCAUCCAAGGACAAUGCCAUUGCUCAAGAGAGAGACAUAGCAUCUAUUCCCCGGAAUGUGGUCGACAUAAUGUUACGCCAUUAUGCCGAGUUCUAUCUUGCGCAGUAUCCUAUCGUGGACGAGUCAGAUCUUAUAGAGCAAUGCAACAGAGUCUAUGAAAGAACAGCUAGCCCGUUUGAUCUGUUUGUCGUGUGCAUGGCCCUUUCCAUCAGUGCACAUACCCUGAUUCGGCACGAUCAAGAAAGAGCAACAAAAGCGGCGGACGAGUUCUGGGAAACUGCAAUUACAAAUUUGGAUGUUGUCUUCAAAGAAAGCACGCUGAUACAACUCCAGGCUAUCAUGCUGCUAUGUCACUAUAGUUUCGCCAACCCAUCGGUCGUUAAUUCGAGGAUGUGUUCUCGAGCUGCGAUGACGCUUUGUGUACAACUUGGCUUGCACAAAGAACCACCUCCGGAGAGCAUCCGCAGUUGUAUCACUUUAGAAUCUCAACGAAGGAUAUUUUGGACAUGCUAUGUAUUCGAUGCCCAAAUGAAUAUGCUGAGAAGUCAACCUUCAACCGUCAUCGACAUCAAUGUUUCCGUCCAUUAUCCCACUGUUGAGGGACUUGAAAACAAAGAUGGAGAUAGAGUUGCUAUAGCGAAUUUUUUAUAUACUUUUCGGCAGUUGGAGGCGGAGAUCACUCUCGGAUUGUUCCAGUUUGACACGUGCGGUGACGCUCGCAUUGCUACACCACAAUGGCUUGACGAAACUCGAGCUCGGAUCGAUUCGUGGCAAGACAGACUGGACUCUCGCCACUUUGCAUCAAGGAUUGAGUUUCGGUAUAUCAUGUGCAACUUCCAACGUCUGCGGCUUAAUCGAAUUACUCCAAGAAUGCCUCUCCCUACGAAUGCUAUGCGACGCGAGUGCAUCGCUGCUGGACUGUCCAUUGCUUCUCACUUUAGCAGACUAUCACGUCAGGGAAGCUUUUUCUAUUGGAACCAUUGCUGCUGGCAUUUCUUUGAAAUCGGAAUAGUUCUAGUGGAGUCGACGCAUACUGGCCUCGAUAUGUUGAAAAAACGUCAAGAAAGUUUCCUGGACUUUGCUCUCGCCAUGGAAAUAUCAAGGGUGAUGCAAACCAUACCUGUCGUUUUGAGUAAGAUGGUACACCGAUGGCCUCAAAUUAGACAAAUGGUGCUUGAGUUAGAAGACCUCUUUCAUCCGGCUCUCCAUCGUUUGGAAGCUUUUAUCGCCGGUCGACCAUUUAAUGUUGACAUGUCCAAUCAUGAGUUGAUCGCAUAUCAAGUAUCAUCCAUCAAGAAGCAUCUUCUAGCCAAUCGUACACCAACCACCUGGCAUCAGGAAGAUGAAAGCCCCGGUUCAUAUAAUCAAUUUGGCAUGCAAGUUUCGGCAGCACAGAACCUGUUGUCAAUGACCAAACAACCGAACGCAGAGAGUACUAUGACCAUGGAAGAGGUUCUCCAAGUACUCCAGCCCGACGAUGUCACUAUAGAUUCUGCACUGUCUCAACAACUUACUGUUAACCAAGCGGCAGGCAUUGAGCCUGUUUUUGGGAUAGAAAACACAUCGAUGCUAUACGGAGCAGAAUCGGUCCCUUUGACCACCGCACUAGAGGAACAUAAUUUGUAUGCUGGCUUGAAUCCCGAUACAAAUUGGCUUUCGCCUACCGGGAACUCACUUUUUUGGCACGGUAAUGGCCUUGAUUUGGACGAUAUUUUUACUGCAUUUGAUGAGGGCAACAUACAUGACCGCCUCAUGUAA